CCGGGUCUGACGAGGCACCACCGACAGUUCUCCGGCUUCAGACCUCCCCGGACACUACAGGUGGCUCCGCCCGAGUCAGGGGUGGCCUGCGGCACGGCACGGCCCUGGGUCGAUCCGAGGGCCUCCUCCGCGCGGUGAGGGCACCUCCAUUUUCUCCCGCCCGUGACGGGCUCGACGUGAAGUGGCCUGGGUUUAUUUUACUCGCUGCCGCAGCCUCUUUGUCCCUACACAGGAUCGGGGGGCAAAAUCCCUCGGCCCAGACAGCACCACUGAACCCAUCGCAGGGGAAGCUUCCCUCCCGGUGACCCGGACGCCGGCGCCGCGGUCCCGCACCUCCCGGCGGGUCGAGCAAGAAAAGGCGGCCAAGUUGAGAGGCCGGAACCUCCUGGCCCCGGAGAGAAGCGCGACCACCGCGAGGAAAUGUGGGACAUGUGGAUUUGGAAUAUUAAUUCAUUUGAAAAACUGCUUUGGGGGUGUGAACGUGAUUUCUGACGAAACUGGAUUGGAAUAAUUUUCAUGAUCUUUGUAUAUUUAUAUAUAUAUAUAUAUAUAUUUUAAAAUUUUGCAUUUGACUUAAAGUGCCAUGAGAAAAUUUGCAUAUUGCAAGGUGGUCCUAGCCACCUCCUUAAUUUGGGUACUGUUGGAUAUGUUCUUGCUGCUUUACUUCAGUGAAUGCAACAAAUGUGAUGAGAAAAAGGAAAGAGGACUUCCUGCUGGGGAUGUUCUAGAGCCAGUACAAAAACCUCAUGAAGGUCCUGGAGAAAUGGGGAAACCAGUUGUCAUUCCUAAAGAGGAUCAAGAAAAGAUGAAAGAGAUGUUUAAAAUCAAUCAGUUCAAUUUAAUGGCAAGCGAGAUGAUUGCACUCAACAGAUCUUUACCAGAUGUUAGGUUAGAAGGGUGUAAAACAAAGGUGUAUCCAGAUAAUCUUCCUACAACAAGUGUCGUGAUUGUUUUCCAUAAUGAGGCUUGGAGCACACUUCUGCGAACUGUCCAUAGUGUCAUUAAUCGCUCACCAAGACACAUGAUAGAAGAAAUUGUUCUAGUAGAUGAUGCCAGUGAAAGAGACUUUUUGAAAAGACCUCUAGAGAGUUAUGUGAAGAAACUCAAAGUGCCAGUUCAUGUAAUUCGAAUGGAACAGCGUUCUGGAUUGAUCAGAGCUAGAUUGAAAGGAGCUGCAGUGUCCAAAGGCCAGGUGAUCACCUUCUUAGAUGCUCAUUGUGAGUGCACAGUGGGAUGGCUGGAGCCUCUCUUAGCAAGGAUCAAACAUGACAGGAGAACAGUGGUAUGUCCUAUCAUUGAUGUGAUCAGUGAUGAUACUUUUGAGUACAUGGCAGGCUCUGAUAUGACUUAUGGUGGAUUCAACUGGAAGCUUAAUUUUCGAUGGUAUCCUGUUCCCCAGAGAGAAAUGGACAGAAGGAAAGGUGAUAGGACUCUUCCUGUCAGAACACCUACAAUGGCAGGAGGCCUUUUUUCAAUAGACAGAGAUUACUUUCAGGAAAUUGGAACAUAUGAUGCUGGAAUGGAUAUUUGGGGAGGAGAAAACUUAGAAAUUUCCUUUAGGAUUUGGCAGUGUGGAGGAACUUUGGAAAUUGUCACUUGCUCACAUGUUGGACAUGUGUUUCGGAAGGCUACCCCAUACACAUUUCCAGGAGGCACAGGGCAAAUUAUCAAUAAAAAUAACAGACGACUUGCAGAAGUAUGGAUGGAUGAAUUCAAGAAUUUCUUCUAUAUAAUUUCUCCAGGUGUUACAAAGGUAGAUUAUGGGGAUAUAUCAUCAAGACUUGGUCUAAGACACAAACUACAAUGCAAACCUUUUUCUUGGUACCUAGAGAAUAUUUACCCUGAUUCUCAAAUUCCACGUCACUAUUUUUCAUUGGGAGAGAUACGAAAUGUGGAAACAAAUCAGUGUCUAGAUAACAUGGCCAGAAAAGAGAAUGAAAAAGUUGGAAUUUUUAAUUGUCAUGGUAUGGGAGGCAAUCAGGUUUUCUCUUAUACUGCCAAUAAAGAAAUUAGAACAGAUGAUCUUUGCUUAGAUGUUUCCAAACUUAAUGGCCCAGUUACCAUGCUCAAGUGCCAUCACCUAAAAGGCAACCAGCUCUGGGAGUAUGACCCAGUGAAAUUAACCCUGCAGCAUGUGAACAGUAAUCAGUGCCUGGAUAAAGCCACGGAAGAGGACAGCCAGGUGCCCAGCAUUAGAGACUGCAGUGGAAGCCGGUCCCAGCAGUGGCUUCUUCGAAAUGUCACCCUUCCAGAAAUAUUCUGAGACCAAAUUUUUAAAAAAAGAAAAAAAUAAGGAUUGACUGGGCUACCUCAGCAUACGUUUCUGCCACAUUCUUAAGUAGCAAAAAAGGAAAAGUGCUUUCCUCCUCUGCGGGAUGUAAGAUUUAUCAGCCAUUAAAACUCAGACUCCUCUAGCUUUUCACUAGCUGUGAACCAGCCUUCCUGUCCAAGGACGUGAAACUGCAUAGUAGUGAGACUGUGCACACUGAUGUUUACAAGAUUGAAAGAGUCUUUCAUCAAGAAUCAUGGAAAAGAAUAUUCAGACAGUGAAACAGUCAACAAAAUGUGCUUUCUGGAGAGCUGCACCUUUUAUGGUUUGCUUGCACAUCAGUAAUUUCUGCUGAGUGUGCUGUCAAUGAAGAGAUUACCAAGAUUUUUUUCCUAAUUAGAACUGGUAGCCAGUAUAUUAAACAUUGACAUAAAAGCAAAUGAAAAAGAACUGAAACCAGAUACAGAAUCAUGAAAACAACAUUUUUACAUUAAAAAAAAAACUAUAUUUAACAGGGUUUAAACAAAAUUAAAACAGAACUAUGAGAAGUACAAUUUGUUAUAGUAUAGUAUCAAAUUUCUAUAUAGAUUUUAUACCUCAGUGGGGAAAAAUAACUGAUUCCAAUGACGUUCAUUUAAUUUUCAUCUGUGAUAGUCAUGGAUGCUUUUAUUUUCCUUGGGGUGCUGAAAAUGAGCUGGGAGAAAAAGCUCUUUGAACAUAGUUUUAAUUUCUUUCUACAAUAUUUUUAUUUGAUUUGUGGGCUGUUGGAAUUGUGACUUUUAAUUGCCUUCUAAAAAAUGGAGAAUUAACAUGAUGCCUGGUCUCAACUGAACAAGUUAGAUAUCUCAGUUGUUCUUGGGUCAACUGGCUUACAGUCUCGGUCUUCUGUCUGUUUCUCUCCCUCCCUCCCUCCCUCCCUCCCUUUUCUCUCUCAUUCUCAUUCUCUCUCUCUCUCUCUCUCUCUCUCUCUCUCUCUCUCUCUCUCUCUCUCUCUCUCUCUCUCUCUCUCUCUGUCACACACACACACAUACACACACACACACACAUUACCACAUUUUCACCUUCCUAACUUGAUUCAGCUGAUUAUGCUUAAUACCCAAGAUUCAUACUACUGUACUACAGAUUUGUUUUCACAGCAAUAAAUCUUCAGUUCUUUAUGAUUCCAUUUAACAAAAGGCUUUCAAGGAGUGGUUUAUAAUUUGGGUAUUUGGAGAUAAUAUAUUUAAUGGUUUUUUUUGGAAAACCUUUUUCACUCCAUACUCAGAUGUGCUUCAUUGUCAAGUGCAUAUUUAGAUUAGAUUCUUGAAUUGUAAUGUUGAUCUGCUGCUUUUUUUAAAUAAAAUUUGACUGAAAAUGUUUAAUUAGCAGUUUUUAAUAAGUUAGCCAAAGAAGUGCAGCUCUUGUUCCAUAUUACUAGUCCUGCAUUUCUUUUUAAAUUCCAUUUAGGUUAAAUUGGUUUUAUUUUUCUCUGAUUUUUCAUACACAAAAUCACCUAUCAAUUAAAAGUUACUUUUUUAUUCUCCUAGAAAGAAAACCUCAUCGCAACAUUUUUUCCUGAUAUGUAAAACAAUUAAUUCACGAAAAUGCAUAUAUUUUCCUUCCUGUUUUUAAGAUUAUAUUUGAUGGUAUUCUUUUCUUUGGUUUUCAAAGACUCACUGCAGGCAGUGCUAUUUCUAGUGCCUGAGAAUUGUUUCUGAAAGUAACAUCAUUAAUGAUACUUGCCAAACAUGAAGUUUCUUAUAUCCAAUUCAAGUUCAUCAACAUCAAGCACAUGUGGAUGCUUUAGGGUGAGGCUGUGAUACAGAAUGCAUAAUCUGUCCCCAGGAAAUAUGAAAUGAUGCAGGUGCUGGAUGGAAUCUUUUUUCUAUUCCAUGAGCUGUGUUAAUUCUGUCUUCAGUAGGCCUACCGCUUGAACAAAUCAGAUGUCUAAUCAAUAAAUUAUUUUCAUGCUCAGAA